UGUUCGAGAAGUGUUUGCUUUCCUGUUCGUUGGUGAAAUCAUUCAAAAGAAAAGUGCCAUGGAUGUCAAAGGAAAGCCGGCCAACAUCUAUCUUUUUAACUGCGACAAUACUUGUAGUUUGGAUCCAAUAGAAUCCCUGUUACUAACCGUGCAAAACGACGUGAAGAUGCGGUUUACUGUACACAAGCGCAAUUUUCGGCUGCGUGAAAUGUCAGAGAUGAACGAGACAGUCAUUCCCGGACUACAAAUGGAUUUUGCCGUGUUCGCUGUCAAUGCCCACGAAUCACGGCUCUCAAUCAACGAAGACAACGCUGGAAUUGGUUACGCAAGUCUCUACAGAGCUUUACAGAGAGCGUCUGGUGACAAGGUGUUGAUUGUCAUCGGUGGAGACAAUAGCUACAAAGAUACAGACGAGGAAGACAGAUCUGUGAUCUCGCGUUGGGCACGGAGAAAAGUGGCUUCGCAGUUCGAGGAGGAAUAUCUCGACGGAAGACAGAGCUUCAUAUUUUCCUGGGACAAGAAAUAUAGGGAAAUCCAUGAGCAAGCAUUGCUGCAUUACUUUGAUCCAAGCAAAACAGGAAAGAAGUUUGAAUACCAGCCCAAACCAAAGCCACAACCAAAGCCACAGCCAGAGCCACAGCCAAAGCCACAGCCAAAACCACAACCACAACCGACUCCUCAGCCUCCAGUGCAGCCGAUUAGAAACGACACGGCGGUUGACGUGGAUGAUCCAGGUCCGUAUCCAGGCCCGUACCAAUGGCCAGAGGGCAUUGUCCUGCUAGACACUCGGAUUCGCAAUGGUAGGAUCUCUUUCGAGGUUGAUGACGUUAAGAUUUGGGAGAAAACAUGGAAACCGUCUGAGAGGGCCAUACAGGACAUAGCACGAGAUUGUGGAACAGUCCUUGAAGCUUAUGUGCAGUUUAGAUCUCUUGGUACCGGUGGUGUCACUUACACUGUCACUAAGGUUCAUCCGAGUGGUGGGGGGGGCUGGUCACGACGGGUCGCUCUUUUAACCUUUCUUGGUGUGGUGGGGCUGGCCAUUUAUGGUAUUUGGAGAUUAGCCCUGGUUUAUAACCGACCGAGAAUACCUGAUCAGCUCACUGAUAACAUAAAGUUGAGCUUUUGGCGAAGAAAUAGUAGUCAUAUUAUGGCGGAUAAGUCGAAGAAAACCAUUUGUCUUUUCAAUUGCGAUAACACCUAUAAGCUAGAUGUGGUUGAGGCGUUCCUGAUGGAAAUGAAUAAGAAACAUGGCUUCAACUUCGCGAUUGGGAAGCACAACUUUGAAUUGCAACAAUUGGCUGAUUAUUGUAAGACCAAAAUUCCUCAAAUUCAGAUGGAUUGUGCAAUUUUUGUCGUACAGGCACACGAGUCGCGUCUCUCGAUCAACGAAGAUAAUGCGGGGAUUGGCUACGCGAAGAUCUACAGAGCUUUAUUAGAUGCCACAGACAACAAGGUGUUGAUCGUCAUCGGUGGCGACGAUGAAUACAAACAAGAUGAAGACGAGGAAGGACAGGUUGUUAUCUCACGCUGGGCACGAAGGAAAGUGGAGUCACAGUUUGAUGAAGAGUAUCUCGAUGGAAGAAAGAGCUUCAUUUUUUCUUGGAAUAAGACUCAUAGAAAAAUCCACGAAGAGGCGCUAUUGCAUUACUUUGAUCCAAGCAAAAAUGGGGAAAAGUUCCAAUACCAACCAAAACUGAAACAAAAACAAGAACCAACAACUCACUACGACGAGGCACCGCUUGGAGAUAGCAAGGAAACACCUUUUCCGAGAGGAAAUGCAAGGCAGGAAAAACCCUCCGUUGAGCCGAAAUUUGUAGGCGAGAAACAACAUUAUGAAGGAAAUGAAGCAAGUGAAAGGACAGGAAUGAACGAAACUAGUGAGUUAAGACGUUCCCAAAAUCAACCUUAUUAUGGAGCUGCAGCCGUGAGAAGCGAUCCUCAUUACCCAGAGGGCAUUGUACUCCUGGAGACACGUUUGGUUCAUGGCGAGAUUUCAUACAAAAAGUGGCACAUUAGAAAACGACAGGGUGCAUGGGAGCCUUCUAACUCACAAGUUUCGAAUGUAAAAUCAGACAAGUCAGAAGGAAGUUUUUCAGUGCAGUUUAAGAGUAAAGGGAACGGUGGGGUUAGCUACGUUUUUAUCCCCACACCUUGGUGGCGCAGAUGUUUUGAUUGCUUUAGGAUGUGUUGUUGUUUUUGUAGUUGUUGUCAUUAAAAUCAGUAAGGACUUUGCGGCAAGAAAGGGUGUCCUCUCUUGACUUUCAAUUUUCAGAUCUUUACCACACUGUCAAAUCAAGGAAUCUGCUUGUUUUCGCCACCUGCUGUCGCUUAAUAGCAAAACUUUGCAAGAGCUAAUUCAGAUUCCCUAUACAUCAGUCCCCGAAAAAAUUGGACGU